AUGACUGUGACUGUUCGCGACGCCCUCUCGCAGCUCGACGAUCGCCGCGUGAAGGCGACCAGGCCGCUCAUCCCUCCUGCCAUCCUCCAGGAAGAUCUGCCUCUCACCCUCGCUGCCGCUGAGACUGUCUUGGAGGGUCGUAAGCACACCGAGAACAUCCUCCACUCGCGCGAUGACCGCCUCCUCGUUGUUGUCGGCCCAUGCUCGGUGAACAACCCCGAGUCCGCGCGCGAAUACGCGCGCCUCCUCCGCGACUAUGCCGAGGCCGCAAAAGACGAGCUGCACAUCAUCAUGCGCGUCUACUUCGAGAAGCCGCGCACCACCGUCGGCUGGAAAGGCCUCAUUAACGACCCCGAGAUGAACGGGAGCUUCCAGAUCAACAAGGGCCUCCGGAUCGCGCGCACGCUCCUGCUCGAUAUCGCCAAGAUGGGCCUCCCCGCCGGGUGCGAGUUCCUCGACACGAUCUCGCCACAGUACACGGCCGACCUCGUCUCCUGGGGCGCGAUCGGCGCGCGCACGACCGAGAGCCAGGUCCACCGCGAGCUCACGUCCGCGCUGUCGAUGCCGACCGGGUUCAAGAACUCGACGGACGGCACGGUGAACAUCGCGAUUGACGCGUGCCGCGCCGCGAGCCAGCCGCAUGUUUUCCUCUCGGUCGGCAAGGGCGGGCUGAGCAGUAUCGUCGAGACCGAGGGCAACCCGGACGUUCAUGUCAUCCUCCGAGGAGGCACGAGCGGCCCGAACUUCGGGGCUGAGUUUGUGCGUUCCUGCGGAGCGAAGCUCUCGAAGGCCGGCUUCCCGCAGAAGAUCAUGAUUGACUGUAGCCACGGGAACAGUCAGAAGCAGCAUCAGAAGCAGAUUGAGGUGGCCGAGGAUAUCGCCUGUCAACUUGAGUCCGGCGAAACGUCGUCGAUGAUCAUGGGUGUCAUGAUUGAGUCCAAUCUUGUGGAGGGACGCCAGGACAUCCCGGUGUCCGGACCUGCUGGCCUUAAGUACGGACAGUCUGUCACCGACGCGUGCAUAUCUUGGGAGCAAACCGUCCCUGUGCUCGACCGACUCCGGGAAGGUGUUCGUGGUCGGAGGGCUCUGGUGCGCAAGAGUGCGCGGGGCGAUAUGCCCAAGGUAAAUGGCGCAUGA